UUUAGGAGGUGUGUGCGUGUGUGUGUUUGUGUGUAUGUGCGCGCGCGCGUUGUGCGUCUAGAAAGAUUUUAUUAAGGUGGUCCCCUGUCAGGCACCAAUUCAUUUACCGGAGAGAAACCAGUUAAAGGGAGGGAGGACAGAGAGCAGUGGCGGCUCUGGAGAGCUGUCACUUUCUCUGUGUAUAGACUACAGCCUACGUGUGCGUGUGUGUGCGGAGAGGGAUUAUCAGUACGCGCGUUAUGCUGAGCGCAGUUUUGGUGAGGCAUUCAGUUGGGAGAAGUGCAGCGGGGAGCAGAAAGUGUCAACCCGGACAUUCAGCGUCAAAUUCAGAGCAGUAGCAGGAGAAGGGGAUCCGGCAGGUUUUGGGGCACCGUGUCCGCAUCACAGGAUUUUGAUAUUUAUUUUUGAUGAAUACUCCUUUCGUGGUGCAGAGUGAAAGUCAAAGAUGCGCACCACUAAACAAAGGAUUUAGGGGGGAAACCAUCAAGAAUCUCUUCCACAUUUGAAUGCUGACACCCCCAGGUGUUUUUCGUCCAUGCCAAUUCGGCUUCUGAAGACAACAGACACGGGUUGAAUAAUCGGGUCCCUCUGGUUUAAACGUUGGAGCAGGAGGAAUCAUCUGGGUUGAUCGCGUACGAGCCCAUGUGGAUGGAAAGAGAAUACGCAACCACAGAGAGCGGAGCUCGUUCCGAAAUGUGACAUUUUACCUCUCGCAGUCUCGCAUCAAACCUGAAAACGGUGCUUCUGCCUUCGUCUUCGAUCGGAUUUGUUUUCAUCAAUUAAGGGAUGGCGUUCCUCCCGGUCCUCCUGCUGCUGCUGACUGUCUCUCAUCCUGCCACCGGACUCGCUGAGGCCUCUGAGCCUCUCCCACGAGGCUGCGGCUGGGGCCUUGUCCGUCCUUACACCCUCCUCUGUGACCUGGACUCCAUAUGGGGUGUGGCUGUAGAGUCAGUGGCUGCCGGUGGGGUGCUGACUGCUAUCCUGCUAGGCUUAGUCCUGCUGUGCCGCUUACACCACAUCAGUGAAGGUGAAAAGCGAAGUGGCGUGGGACCCAUCCUCCUGCUGCUCCUCGGCAUCAUUGGCUUGUUCUGCCUGAGCUUUGCUUACCUGAUUGAGCAGGAUGAGUCUUUAUGUUUGCUCCGUAGGGCCCUGUGGGGUCUCCUGUUUGCCAUCUGCUUUUCCUGCUUGUUGGUGCAGGGCGUACGCCUGCGCAGGAUUGGCCGCGAGCGCCGGAGCCCUGGUGGCUGUGCCCUUACAGGCCUUGCGCUGGGUUUGAGUGCGGUGCAGGGCAUCAUCGCCGCAGAGUGGCUACUUCUCACCGUGCUGAGGGAGGGACGUGCUGCCUGUCAGUACCUGCCACUGGACUUCUCACUAGCCUGCAGCUACGUGCUAGCCCUCCUACUAGCCGCUCUGACUGCUGCCUCUCUGGCGCUGUGCGGGAAGACACAUCAGUGGCGCUGCAAUGCCAUCUGGCUGCUGGUGACCUGCCUGAUGUCGCUGCUGCUGUGGGUGGCCUGGGUGGGCUUCUAUCUGUACGGCAAUGCCUGGCUGGGGAGGUCCCCGGACUGGAAUGACCCAGCACUGGCCAUUGCAUUAGUCGCUCAGGGCUGGCUGCUACUGAUCUUCCAUGCCAUUCCUGAAUCCCACAUCUGCCUGAGACCCCCUCCACAGCCAACUGCCCCAGAUUACUUUGACACCUCCCAGAACUCGACACGAAUGAGGGAGACCAGCUUUGACGAAGACAUCCCUCUCUCUCACAGGCAGUUUGUGGAGAACCAGGGCUACGGAUACAACGAUGAGAACACCGCAGGCUUGAGGAGCGGUGGUGGUGCUGGGCAACAUAACAGCAACACCGCCCCCAGACCCAGCGCUCCUUUCCGCAGCAAUGUCUACCAACCCACCGAGAUGACCAUGAUCCUGAACGGGGGAGCGGUGAGUACAGCCUCCCAGUCACAGGUUCCCUCUGCCCCUCCAACCUACACUGGGAGGCAGCUGUGGUGAGUAAGAGGAUUGGAAAGAAGAAGUGUGGUAGAAAACGAAGACGAGGACGGAGAGGGUGAGGAGGGAGGGAUCCGAGAUGAGGGGCCUGCCUUGUUGAAUUGGACUUAAAACAUGGAUGUCAACAGGGCCCUUCAACUCUGUGUACAGACUUAAACACUGACUGUGUGCCAAUCAACUAUUGUAUGACUGUGUGUGAGACUGAGAGAGAGUAGGGUAUGGAGGACAGAGCUAAAGCUCUUCUAGCUCACAAAUCUCUAUAGAAGGGUUCAAAAUCUCAAAAUGUGACCAGCAAGUAGCAAAACAAAACGCACGCUGAGACAAUGCGAAAAUGUCAACAUGCAGUAUUCUUUUCCUUUGAUUUGCUCCCUGAGACUAUACAGCACUGUUAGCAUCCUUGAAAAACUGUGAAAUCAAUAGCCUUGUCCUGGUCCAUCUCUCUUCCUGUUAGUCAGGAUGUCCUUUCUGCUGCUCCUCACAAUGUUGGCGCUCACGUGGGAUCAUUUGGCUCUGUCCUCCAUCCAUCCACAGCGUAGGUGAAGACAGAGCACAUGGGCAACUGUACAGCUUGAGCACCGCCCGCUUAAAAAAAUCCAGCCUCUGUGGGUGUGUAUGUAGAGUAUAUGAGAGGAAA